AUGAGUUCAGAAAAAAUUGUUCUGAUUUUAAUCUUUUGUUUGAGCAUGAUGAGUUGGGGACAUUGUAAAGAUAGGAAGCAUUUUGUUCUGGUGCAUGGAGCUUGCCAUGGAGCUUGGAGUUGGUACAAGCUGAAGCCACUCUUGGAAUCUGCAGGUCACAAGGUCACAGCACUCGACCUUGCAGCUUCUGGCAUCAACAUGCGGAAAAUUGACGAUGUUGAUACUUUCGCAGUGUACAAUCAACCUCUGUUGCGGCUAUUGGCCACAACUCUCCCUAAUCAGAAGGUCAUUCUAGUUGGUCAUAGCCUCGGGGGACUCAGCCUAGCACAUGCCACCGACGAAUAUCCACAAAAAGUUGAACGUAAUGUUUUCGUAUCGGCUUUUCUUCCUGACACAGAACACCGCCCUUCUUAUGUACUAGAAAAGUACGGUGAGAGGACCCCCACGUCUGCAUGGAUGGAUACUAAGUUUGAACCAAGUGGAAACAAAACAUCAAUGUUCUUUGGUCCCAUGUUUUUGACCAACAAGCUCUACCAACGAUCUCCCGUUCAGGACCUUGAAUUGGCCAAGAGUUUAGUAAGGCCAUCAUCACUCUUCCUGGAGGACUUGUCAAGGCAGAAGAAUUUCUCGAAGGAGGGAUAUGGGUCAGUUCCACGUUCCUAUAUUGUCUGCACUGAGGACAUUGCAAUUCCUGUGGAUUAUCAACAAUGGAUGAUCCAAAAUGCCGCCGUCAAUAACGUUCUCAGUAUCAAAGGCGCAGAUCAUAUGGUUAUGAAUAGCAAGCCUCGCCAACUAUUUGAUGCUCUCCAGAACAUAGCAAAUUAAUAUCCAUCAUGCAAGCUUUAUUUUACUUUUACUACUUGUUGCUUUCAAUUUUACUUCUCUAUCAACUAUAACAUCUCCUUUCAAAUUACUACCACCAAAUAAAUUAAUAAAG